UCACGAAAAAUACGGUCAACCUCGGUGUCAUUUUUUCGAAAUGAAUUUACCGGAAGAACCUGCUGAUAAGCGUUCGAAAAUGACAACAUCCGUACCGGACUGCGACGAACCACGAGAGGAAGUUCGAUGUAAAUAUUUUCUUCAGCGUAAAAAGCGGCUCUGCAAAAUGACCGUCGGCCGGGGAAAAUUCUACUGUGGUGAGCAUGAAGUGAUCGCAACAGACGAUGAUGGGUUUUCGACUUCCAACCCCGACCGGAUUCCGUGUCCACUGGAUCCGAAGCACUCGGUUUCGUCCAUGAAAUUGGAAAAACAUUUGCGCGUUUGCAAUGCCCGUGUAAAAGACCAGCCCGACUAUAUUCAACCCGGAAUUAAUUCCACUUCGGAUAAUGAGUGUGAUGCUGGUGGCGAAAAAUCGAUAAACAGCUGCAAACUGGCCGACGUUCCACUGGAGGAUCUAAAAUUUUUGAUAGGAAAAAUUGGCGAGAUUUAUGAGACAGAUUCUCGAAUCAGUUCCUUGGAACAGCUACUAUUGGAACAUGCAUUUUUUAAGGAACAGUUGACGGACAAAUCGUAUGGACCGAUGACGCUGAAGCACGUGAUACAGUUAGCUUCCCUAUUAGGAAUAAUUGAACACGAGCAUUUUCUUCAAAGUGACACAGCUUUCGUUGAGUUUGGUGCAGGAAAAGGACAAGUUACAUUCGCACUAGCUAGCAUAAUUCAACAGUCUUCGGAAUUGACGAACUCCAAAGUAUUACUGAUUGACCGCGCUUCUCACCGACAUAAACAGGAAAACCGAAUAGAAGAUAGGAAAAUAGUGCACAGAAUCCGAGCCGAUAUCGCGGAUCUUGAGCUGAGUAAACUGAACAUGCUACAAAGCUCUAAGAGAGUAAUCGGCAUCGGAAAACAUCUCUGCGGAGCAGCAACGGACCUAGCACUCCGAUGUUUGGUGCGAUCUAAUCACGAACUGCCGCCCAAUAAAGGUGAAGAAUGUCGUUCGGAAGGAUUCGUUUUUGCACUGUGCUGUCAUAAUCGAUGCGACUGGAGGUCGUACACCGGCAAGAAGUUCCUUCUGAGUAAAGGAAUUGACCAGAGCGAAUUUGACCGGAUGGUACGGAUGACGAGUUGGGCCGUGUGUGGUUCUGGUACAAGUAGAGAAAAAAGAAAAUUGACCGACGCGGAUGAUUGUGUUAAGUACGGGUUUACCCGUACAGAACGAGAAGAUAUCGGAAGAAAAUGCAAACGGGUGCUGGAUUUGGGACGACUUGACUAUCUGGAACAGAAUGGAUUUUCGGCGCAGCUGAAGUUUUACGCCAAAAGUGAAAUCACUCUUGAAAAUGUCUGUCUUAUAGGGCAUCUCAAAUAAAAAGACUUAGUUUAAAA